AUGGUGCUUCUAAAUCCUCGUCUGGGGUCUUUCGGCGAGUGCCUCAACUGCACCGCCUCCGAUCUGUACGACAUCUUCAGUUUUGAGUCUUCCGACCGUGUGCAUGCGAUAAAAUUCCGAGAUGCUUUUGCCAACAAGGAAAUCUGCGCGUUUUGUCGACUUCUCGCGCAGACGGCCCGCAAAUUCACGCCCCAUCAAGUCGUUGAUCAUCGAGAUGGAGUGCCGGUGACGUUCAACUUCUCUGUGAAGCAUUUUCAAGACACUCUGGCAGAGCUAGGAAGCCGCUUUCUGCAUGUCACUAUAUCUCCGCCUCCGUCGCCUCUGGAUAUAGAUAAACAACUUACAUUCCGCCUCAUCCCAAUAUCCGAGUCACUGCCCGAGUCAUUGUUCCACCGUAUUGACCAGGACAAGAUCGAUCUCGAAAUCUGUCGCAAGUGGAUCGCCAAAUGCGAUCGCGAGCAUACCAGCCAAUGUGGUGCUUUUUCCAGUCCAACGCAAUCUGGCCCAGGGUCGUCGUUUCGCCUAGUUGAUGUCGUUGAUGAAUGCGUUGUAGUAUCGCCGCCCGGCGCUCAAUACAUUGCUUUAAGCUAUGUAUGGGGCCGGACUCAAUAUCUGCAGUUGAAUAGCCAGACUGCGCAUGUCUUAGCAGAGAAAGGCAGUCUAUUCGCUCAGGAAACUCCCAUUGGCCAGACAAUUACGGAUGCCAUCACGGUGGUGAAGGCUCUAGGCGAAAGAUAUCUCUGGGUCGAUCAGCUUUGCAUCAAUCAAACUGAAGCCAACAAAUAUCUACAUAUCAAGUCGAUGGACAGGAUUUACGGAGCCGCCUUACUUACCAUUGUGGCAGCCGAUGGUAUCGAUGCAAACGCCGGUCUUCCAGGCGUUCGACCAGGAACACGAACUCGAAACAUCAACCAAUUACAUGAAGAGAUCUGGCCAGGCUUCUCUAUUGCUACCGCUCUUGAUCUACCCCUAGACCCGGCCGGCUCAGUCUGGGGCUCUAGAGGGUGGACAUUUCAGGAGCAGUUACUGUCUAGGCGUCUGCUUCUGUUCUAUCAAGGCAGUGUGUUUUGGCAAUGCCGGAGUGCAUAUUUCUGCGAGGAUGCACCGGCUACGAUGAAAACUCAAGCAAAACAAAUACAAUGGCUCGAACAGCUGUCGCCUCGCUGGGCACAAGACGAAUCUCCAAUACAGCACAUUGAGAAGCAAUGGGAGGAUAACGAAGAGGAUUUUAUGCCAGUCCAAUUGUGUCGUCCUGUCGUCUUUACCGAAUACGCAAAAGCGGUGACAGAGUAUACUAAACGGCGCCUCACUUUUUCUGACGAUAUUAUCAACGCCUUUGAGGGAAUCUCGAGCCAAUUGAGUCACCAUAUGGGACACAAGUUCCUGGCUGCCCUUCCUGAAAGUUACUUGGACAUAGCAUUGCUUUGGACCCCGUCUGUCUUGCAAGAGCGUCGGAAGAGUGAAGACACAAGAUUUCCUAGCUGGUCGUGGGUUGGUUGGGUUGGACAGUCAGGAUAUGACGCUCCUGGCCCAGACGAGAAGGAGUUGAUAGAGUUGACGACAAAGUGGUAUGUCAAAGAUGGGCCUGCGGAACCUCGUCUAGCAAACGACGUGGGUAUGGGUAUUGAUGAAGCCCCUCUCGGCUGCAUUCUCAGCAUCAACGCGCUCUGCUGGGAGCCCAUAUUUGAGUCUAUCGGAGGGCAAUCUGGAAAGAGGCCAGCGGUAGACAUUCCCAGCAUGCAAGGCCCGUAUCUUCAAUUCUGGACGAGCUGCUCGUUCUUCACCAUUGUCCACAGAAAGUGGCGCGAUCCAGAGACACUUCAGAUGAAUUCAUCAGUGAGGAAGCCGAUCCAUGCGCAUAUCCACUGUACGACGGGCAGCAGACGCCAACUUGCAGGACGCCUGAUCCUCAACGGCAAUGGGCCUGACGAAGUUGUAGAAGGCAAGCAUGAGUUUAUUGUUCUUUCUGGAGCCUUAGUAAAGGGAUUUGACUCUAUUACUGGAAACGUGACGUAUUCGGACGAGGCGGAGAUGUACAAUGUUAUGCUUGUUGAAUGGGAUGACCAGCAUCAGGUUGCAACUCGGCUAGGUACUGGUAGGAUAUUCAAAGAGGCGUGGGAUAUGUCUUUACCUACCAUUCGAUUUGUAACGCUUGGUUGA